AUGGCGAAGGCAUUCCUGGACACACUCCCAAGAUCUGGCCCUCAGAAGCGUACCGCGGGAGAUCUGGCAAAGGACCUUUUUGUCUUGUCCCGCUUCAACCGAUACAACCCGCUGCUCGCGACUUUUUCCGGUGUGUGGGCAACAUUGCUUGCGGGAGCCAGCAAGAGCAUGGACCACCCGGGAUCGAUCUCAACUGAAUACGUUUUCAAGCAGUCACUUCUGGUGUUUGUCGGCGGCUAUAUUUUCUGCGGUGCGGGGAUGGUCUGGAAUGACUGGAUUGAUCUGAAUAUCGACAAGCAAGUGGCGCGGACGAAGCAGCGUCCUCUCGCCGCUGGCAGAAUCACCAGCACAGAAGCCUUGAUCUGGAUGAUGGCUCAGUAUAUUGCUUCCUGGUACUUGGUUGCAUACACACUCAAUUGGAAAAAUGUCCUCGAGGCCAUGAUCCCAGUCACCAUCAGUACGAUUCUUUACCCAUUCGGCAAGAGGGCAUUCUUCAAAACGAUCUACUUCUACCCACAGUACUUCCUUGGCUUUACAUUGGGUUACCCCAGCGUGAUUGGAUGGCUGGCCAUCAAAGGCCAGGAUCAAUCCCUGCAAGACAAUUUCAUGGAGUCAUUGGCACUUGCUACCACAGUUUUUACCUGGGUGCUGUAUCUCAACACUGCAUACAGCUACCAGGAUAUAGAGGGCGAUAAGAAAGCCAACGUCAACUCAGUUUACUUCCUUGCCGGCUCCUAUAUCCACUACUUCCUGGUCUUCCUUGCUGCUCUCGUCUUGGGAGCGACAUCUCUCCAGCUUAAGGCGCAGGCUUCGCAGUGGCUGUGGGGCUCCUGGCUGUCCGUCUGGGGUUAUUCCCUCGCCAGCCAACUCUCGCGGUUUAGUGCAAAGGAUCCUUCCAGUGGUGGAACAUUGCACAAGGAGAACUUUGCUCUCGGCGUAUGGACCGUUUUUGCUUGCGCCGUCGAGCUCUUACUGAAGUCUUGA